GAUAAGCAAUAUCGACGCUUCAUUGAUAGGUACAAAUACUGUUUAGUUUAGGAAGUUGCUCUAUGUAGUAGUGACUGAGUAAAUAUUUUUGUGUUAAGUGUGAAUACCGAAGUACAUAAAAAUCUUAGUACUUACGUUGUGAUUAACAAACGUUUAUCAAUAAUCUUUCAUAGAUCACCUUUUGAUUAGUGCUUGGUAGUAAUCAUACAUUCCUAUAUUGUACGUGAAGGACUUAUCAGUGACACUUGAACAUUAUCACCCACGGCGUAUUUUCUAAACAAUGGAGUCAAACAAUGCGUAUCAACCAAUAUCCACGAUCACGGAUAAUACGGCGGGCAUCGAGAUGGAAUUGCUGCAGGUCGGCUCGGAACCGGUCGGCGUACGGUGCCCAUAUUGCUAUGAAGACGUCAUGACAAGAGCUCAAUAUAAAAACACCACACUGACGCACACGAUUGCCAUAAUUUUAGGAAUAUUUUUUUGGUGGUUGUGUUGCUGCAUCAUUCCCUACGUCGUGAAAAGAUGGAAAAACGUAGAACAUUAUUGCCCCAACUGCCGCAGGUAUUUGGGCAUGCAUAGCAGUAGAGCGACCAUAUUGUGAGAUACAUGCAUUUCUAAAGCUUGCACGGUCUGACGCCACUACGGCGAAAAUGGACUUUACGACGACGACAUAAAGCUGGUGUGCAAGCCGGUUUGUUUCGAAUAUUCUGUUCUAUGGAUGUGCAGUUGGAACAUUUGGUUCUACAUAAAUUAUCUUGAUGUGUCGUUUUGUAUACGUUAUACUUCUUAUUAGUAUUUAAAUAACUUUGUUUACGACAUAAAUCAUUCACUAGACCG